AUGGGUUGCAGUUGUAGUCGAGUUGCACCAGUAAUAGAGCCGGUACCUGAUGCCAUUCUGAAGCCAACAAAUCAAAAUGAUUCUGCAGAAAAAGAAGAAAGGAAAAAGCAUAAACGCCCUUUAAGUAAUGACCACACACAAGACGAUUAUGACAAUAAACGAUUAGUAAUUUCUCCUAUCAAUACACGAGAAACUCCGAUCAUUGAUCGAUUACAAAGCGAUCAUGAAUAUGUCGAAAUCGAAGUUUCUGAUCCACAAGCAUUCAACGAUGCAUUUAUUCAACAACGUCAAAAAGUAAUUAAUAAUCAAUCUUAUCGAGUAACAAUUCAAUCAUGGCGUCCGAAUUCACUAGCACAAUUAGUUAGUGCUAUAAAAUCUUUAUCAGAAAAUAAAUCAUUAAUAGAUUGUCAUUGGAUUAUUUUCUAUUGGAUUGCGUGUAAUAUUGAAUACGAUGUUGUAUCAUAUUUCAGCAAAAACUAUGCCGAUCAAUCAGCCGAAGGUGUAUUUCGUACAAAGAAAGGUGUUUGUGCCGGUUAUGCAAAUAUAUAUAAAUAUUUGUGUGAUCAAUUAAAUAUAUCAUGUGAAAAAGUUAGUGGUUAUUCGAAAGGUUAUGGAUUUGAUGAACGUGAAGGUGCACCUUCUGAGACCGAUCAUGCAUGGAACGCAGUUGAAAUUGAUCAUCACUGGUAUUUAAUGGAAUCAACAUGGGGUGCUGGACAUCUUACAGAACAAAAAGCUUUUCAACAUGAAUUAAACUCUUAUUAUUUUUUUCCUCGUCCUAAUGAAAUGAUUUAUCACCAUUUACCGGAAAAUGAAAAAUGGCAAUUAUUACGAGAACCAAUUAAAAUGGAACAAUAUGUACAAUUGCCUAAAAUUCAUCCUAUUUACUUUCAACUGAAUCUUAAUUUGAUUAGUCCACGUCAUCAAGUUAAUGUUGAUCUUCUACCAGGAAAACCAUAUGCAUUAGUUCUUAUGCGAGCACCAUCUGAUGUUCAUCUUAUAGCAGAUUUAAAAUUACAUAAUCAGAAAAUUGAAGGUGGUCAUCGUCUUGAAUUUGAUAAUAACAAACAAGUGUAUUGUUGUUAUUUUGCUCCGAAUAGUAUUGGUAAACAUAAAAUUACAAUUUAUGCUAAGCAAGGUGACACACAAGAAGGUACAUACAGCGGAGCACUUGAUUUAACUCUUAAUGUUAAUGAAAUACCAAAAAAUCCAAUUAGUUUUCCAGAAAUAUGGAAGAAAUUUUUUGAUUUAAAUCUAAAUAUAAUUUCACCGAAAAAUACACAUUUGAUCAAAGUACACAAUGGACAAACACAUGCAGAAAUUCUAAUUCAAACACCUAACGAUGUCGAAUUACUUGGGCGACUUGUUGAUAUUCAUGGAGAAAAGAUAGAAGGUGGAAAUCAAGUGUUUUAUGAUCGAGAUAAAAAUCUAUGGCAAUGCAAAUUUGCGCCGAAUCAUGAUGGAAUGUUCAAUGCUGAAAUUAUGGCUAAGAAAAAAUCAGAUACAGCUCUCUACACAUCUGCUGUAUCUUUUAAAGUCGACGCUCGAAAUAUUCCAACACCGCCAUUAUCUUAUCCAGUUACGUGGCCACUUUUCUAUGAGCUUGAUCUUAAAAUAGAAGCACCGCGGAAUCGUGCAACUGCUAUAUGGCCUGAAAAUGCAUCUUACACUGAAAUUCGUAUGUCAGCACCCAAUAAUCUUGAACUUUCAUGUGACAUCAUAUUUAAUGGCAGUAAAAACGAAAAUUGUGCAUUAACACAAUUUGAUAAUGACAAACAACAGUGGCAUCUUUUGUUUGCACCUCAACAUACAGGUCUUCAUAAACUCACGAUUUAUGCUCGACGUCAAUCUGAUUCUCAAACAUCGUUCAAUGCAGUCGCAGAGUUUGAUCUCAACGUUACAAAACUUCGAAAAACAAUCAAAUUUCCCCUAACAUACACUAAAUUUCAAACCAAUAAAUGUCGAAUUUAUGAACCACUUCAUGGUACACUUAAAAGAGACGCUAUUUUACCCAUCCAUUGUGUUAUUCCUGGAGCAGAUGAUGUAGAUUUACAAGUUGAUUCUCAAUGGAUGAAGGCAAAAGGAUACGAAGACCCCGUUUUAAGAACAGAGAUAAAAGUUGGGUCAAAAGAUGUAACUAUCUAUGCGAAAUAUAAGCAAAAUACAAGCUAUGAUGGACUUGUGCGAUAUUCUGUUGAAUAA